CCCACCCGCCGCCCUCGGACGCGGCCCCGCACGCCCAGCCCCGUCGGCGACACCAUGAGCUCCGGCCAGCAGCCGCCUCCCCCGCGGAGGGUCACCAACGUGGGGUCCCUGCUGCUCACCCCGCAGGAGAACGAGUCCCUCUUCUCCUUCCUCGGCAAGAAAUGUGUGACUAUGUCUUCAGCUGUGGUACAGUUAUAUGCAGCAGAUCGGAACUGUAUGUGGUCAAAGAAGUGCAGCGGUGUUGCUUGUCUUGUUAAGGACAAUCCACAGAGAUCUUAUUUUUUAAGAAUAUUUGACAUUAAAGAUGGGAAACUAUUGUGGGAACAAGAACUAUACAAUAAUUUUGUGUAUAAUAGUCCUAGAGGAUAUUUUCAUACCUUUGCUGGAGAUACUUGUCAAGUUGCUCUUAAUUUUGCCAAUGAAGAAGAAGCAAAAAAAUUUCGAAAAGCAGUUACAGACCUCUUGGGCCGACGACAAAGGAAGUCUGAGAAAAGGCGAGAACCUCCAAAUGGUCCCAAUCUACCCAUGGCUACAGUUGACAUAAAAAAUCCAGAAAUAACAACAAAUAGAUUUUAUGGUCCACAAGUCAACAACAUCUCACAUACCAAAGAAAAGAAGAAAGGAAAAGCUAAAAAGAAGAGAUUAACCAAGGCUGAUAUUGGAACUCCAAGCAAUUUUCAGCACAUUGGACAUGUUGGUUGGGAUCCAAAUACAGGUUUUGAUCUAAAUAAUUUGGAUCCAGAGCUAAAGAAUCUUUUCGAUAUGUGUGGAAUCUCAGAAGCCCAACUUAAAGACAGAGAAACAUCAAAAGUUAUCUAUGACUUUAUUGAGAAAACAGGAGGUGUUGAAGCUGUUAAAAAUGAACUCCGAAGGCAAGCACCACCACCACCACCACCAUCAAGAGGAGGCCCUCCCCCCCCUCCACCCCCUCCACACAGCUCAGGUCCUCCUCCUCCUCCUGCCCGGGGAAGAGGUGCUCCUCCCCCACCACCGUCAAGAGCCCCCACAGCUGCACCUCCACCACCGCCUCCGUCCAGGCCUGGGGUGGGGGUCCCUCCACCCCCACCAAACAGGAUGUACCCUCCUCCACCUCCAGCUCUUCCUUCUUCAGCACCUUCAGGGCCUCCACCACCUCCUCCACCCAUGACAGUGUCAGUGUCAGCAUCAGUAGCACCACCCCCACCACCUCCGCCUCCGCCUCCACCCGGGCCACCACCGCCCCCUGGCCUCCCUCCUGAUGGGGACCAUCAAGUUCCAUCUCCCGCAGGAAACAAAGCAGCUCUUUUAGAUCAAAUUAGAGAGGGCGCUCAGCUGAAGAAGGUGGGGCAGAACAGCCGACCGGUGUCCUGCUCCGGGAGGGAUGCACUCUUAGACCAGAUACGGCAGGGCAUUCAACUGAAAUCUGUGUCUGAUGGCCAAGAGUCUACGCCACCAACGCCUGCACCCACUUCAGGAAUUGUGGGUGCCUUGAUGGAAGUGAUGCAGAAGAGGAGCAAAGCCAUUCACUCCUCAGAUGAGGAUGAUGAAGAAGAUGAUGAAGAAGAUUUUGAGGAUGAUGAUGAAUGGGAAGACUGAUCUAUAUAUAUAUUCUAUAUAUAUAUAUAUAUAUAUAUACAUACAUAUAUAUAUUUUUACGGUGAAAUACUAAACACUACUUUCUGUCUAUGGAUUCUGUAAAAUUAUCAUGUAAAUGUUCUACCAAUUUGCUGUAUAUUUUUGUUGCCUUUUUGCUUUUUUUUAAUCUGUGCAAUACCUCAUUUAAUCUGUAAAGGUUUGUCAUAAUCUACUCCCUGUUAUUGUUGCAAGUUUACACCAGAAUGCUCACUUAUUGUGAAUAUUUUUCAUUCCAUCAACAGAGGAGUUUAAAUAUUAUAUGUGAGACUGACAAUAAACCUUAAUGUAAUUUAGUUAUAAUGUCAGAAGGAAAACACUAUUUUCAUACCCUCCUUUUUCUGUACCUAAAUUUUCUUAUUAAAAUCUAGUAUAGCACUACAUUCUUUUUAAGGUGAUAUAAACUUCAAUUUCUUUAGCCCCGUCAUUUUGAAUACAAUGCUACAUAUGAAUGUUGAAGCUGAUACAUUGCACAGUUCUCUAGGUAUCACUACACUGCAGUUUUUCAAAUUUUAGCAAUAUUCUCUGCAUAAAAUCACUACAGAAAUACUAAUGGAGAAGAAUGGUACACUCUUCUUAAUCAUAAUGCCCGUCAUGUUUCAGCAGUGGUAUUUGUAGGCUGAAAUCAUAGGAGCCCUCACAUACCUGUAAUUGAGGUUAUUUUUUAUGCUAUAGCAAAUGUGGCAGGCCCCUUUUGGCAAAAAGUUGAAAUAUAUUUUUGGUAUUCUGAAAAGUUAUUUAAUUGGAGUUUUGCAGGUUUGGGAAUAGUUUCCUGCUUCAUAGCCAAUAUGUUUACUUCAGUGUUUGAUUAAAAAUGUUAGCAAAACAUUAUUUUAAUAGUAUGGAAAUAAAUGCUUUUAUUUUACAGUUUGUAAAACUUGAGGUACUCAGAAAUACCAACCAUAGAGAAAAAUAUGUUGGCAAAGGUAUACACUAUAUAAAUAAUUUUUGUUUGGGUAAUUUCUCAAGAAUUUUGUCAAAUAUCAGGUGAGGUAUUACAUUUUUAUUGAAAGAUUAAUGGUCCCAAUGUCAAAUUUAUUGGAACACAUAACUGAUUUUAGUAGAUUUUUUUUAAAAUAAAAUUUUACAACCUACCCAUUUGUUAUGCAUACUAUAUGGUGUGUUAAAAUUAGGGUUUCCUUGUCUUUACAGUGCACUAAUCUGCCUAAUGGUGAUUGUCUGAUAUUUAUAGUGCUAAUUAUCACAUCUACCUACUUUUAGUUUGAGGUAGAAAAUUAUCUGAUUUAAAUACAGACAUUUUUCUCACAUUGAGUCAUAUGCAGAAUGUAGCUUCAAAUGUAUUUCAUUAUUAUAGUCACACUAUCCAACUAAAAAAUAUGCUAUAUAGAAUUGUACCGACCAAAACCCAAGUAUUGGCAUGAUCUUGACAGGCUGGACCUGCAAGAUGUGGCUUGAAUUUUAACCAGUUUAUCACAUAAUCUCAAGUGAUCAUACAUCUAGUUAUCAUAAAAAAAUAAUUUAAAAGGUUUAGUUACUGAAGGAAGUGGUACAGUAAAAUAGUUUUAAGUUAUUCAAGGAAUGUUACCUUCCUUGAAAGAGUAAUUUAAGCACAUGGGAAAGAUUCUAGAUUUUUGUUUCCUGUAAAAACAGUGCUCUUUGCUGCUAAAAACUAUUUUCUGCGUAUUGUCACCUUUAUUGUGGCUUGAGCUCAGUGACUCUUGUGUGGAUGAGGCUGGACAAAUACUAAUCAGUAAAAUUAGGAGUGUGUGCUCAUGAUGAUAGGACAUCAUAAUUACUUUCAAUGACAGUGAACUACUUCUCUAUGUCACAUUAUACAAGAUGUCUAAAAUUUCCUACAGUGUCUUUAAGAUAAUGCCAAUUUAAAAUGUCUCUUCACUUACUGCCAAGGAUUCAGGAUUUUCCAGCUAACUUUGGGAUUUACCAGAUGCUUCUCUGAGGACAGGAUGUCAAUUCUUUGAGUUGGAAACCCCACUUAUAAUAUUUAUUGCCAAAGAUAAUUGAAUUUGUUCUUUUUCCUCAAAGUAGAAAACACGUGUUAAUGCACAGUCUAAAUUACUGUUAGUUGGAGCACAGUAGCUCUGGGGUUCAGUCCAGGCAUGAAGACUAAAGCGCUUUAGCAAGUAAGAUGUAAGGUUGCAUGUUCCAGUCCUCCACUGCCUUGCACUCGGGGUGGCAUCAUUCCUGUGCUUUGUCUGAAAGCCUCCCACAUAUACUCCAGCUAAAUGAUUGUCUGGUAGCCUUUGCAUUUAACAGACUAGCAUGAGGCCUUUUCUAUCUAAAUGCUACGUGAUAGACAAUUUUAGCUAGCCACAUAUUGUAUGUAUGAGAUUCAUAAAGAUUUUCAAUCAUUUCCAUUUAUCAACUGAAAUUUUGUUUAGUAUGUGAAUUUUUUUGAAAUGUAUAGUGAAUAGGAUGAUGCACUGGUGGCAAUUCAUCAUAGAGCAUAAUAAAAUUAAUUUGACCCAAA